ACACGUGCGGACCAAACUUGUCCCAAUAUUUCGUACGAAAUAUUUUUCUCGGGAGAAAAGAGAACGAAAAGAAUGGGCGAAGCUUCGGAGACGACGAUGCAGCAGCAGAAGAAGAAGAAGAAGGGACGCCCAUCUCUCUUGGAUCUCCAAAAACGCUCUCUCAAACAACAACAGCAGCAACAAGACCCUAACUCUUUCAAUUUAAUCUCUAUUCCUACCCGUCGCUCCAUUCGACGGAACCCUUUCCCUGACCAGCCGGAGUGCUUUUCCGGCGAAGACGACGAACGCAAAGAGAAGAAGCUCAAGCUCCUAAAUGGUCUCGACCCCCAUCCGUAUUACCCGACAUUGUCGCCCAAUUCCUCGACAUUUGACUUAAAUCCGGACGGAUCUUAUUCGAAUGCGAAUAUCGAGGAUACUGAGGCGGCCCUCAAGAGGCGCAAGAUCAGUGUCUUCAAUCACGGGUCUGACGCAGUGGAUGAAAAGGUUUCGAAAGCGACAGACACCCUACACGGGUCGCAGGUGGACUCCGGUCCCACGACACCCUUGCCAGACAAAAAGUUGUUGGUGUUCAUCCUUGACAGGCUUCAAAAAAAGGACACUCGUGGGGUAUUCUCGGAGCCCGUGGACCCGGAACAGCUUCCUGAUUACCAUGACAUCAUUGAGAAUCCAAUGGAUUUUGAAACCGUGAGGAAGAAACUAGAUGGGGGAGCUUAUGCCAACUUGGAACAGUUUGAGAAAGAUGUGUUUCUUAUAUGUAAAAAUGCAAUGCAGUACAAUGCACCAGAUACCAUUUUUUUUAGACAGGCACGGUCUAUGCAAGAGUUGGCAAAAAAGGACUUCGAAAACUUGAGGCAGGAUAGUGAUGAUAAUGAGCCACAGCCCAAAGUUGUGCAGAGAGGCAGGCCUCCAGGCAAGAACCUGAGGAAGUCCCCUGGCAGCUCUCCUUCUGAGCAUGUUUGUCCUGGGCCGGCCUUGGAUGCAACUCUUGUUUCUGGAGGAGGUAAUGCAAGGGGUUCCGGUGCUUACAAUCUAGGAAAAGGACUUACUCCACCUGCUCAAUUGGUCAGGACUUCCCAUUGGCCUAAAAACAGUGAAACUUGUACUAGUUGGUGGUCUGAGUGGGAGAAUGAAUUUCCAGCUUCUGUUUUGAAGUAUGUUUUGAAGUACGGGAAGAAGCAAUUUGCUCUGGAUGUGAAUAGGCGUGACACCUAUAAGCAUGCCUUGGACUCUUGCCGUGGGCCAUCUGUCUGGGCUGCACUGGAUGGGGAAUUGAAGCAACUAGUGGAGGCAAGUCUGCACUUGGAGCAUGGUUAUGCGAGAAGCCUAGCUCAAUUUGCUGCUGACCUUGGGCCCGUAGUUUGGAAGGUUGCUUCAAAGAAAAUUGAUAGAUUUUUGCCAAGGGGACUCGAAUUUGGUCCUGGAUGGACCGGAGAAAAUGAGGCGUUAAUGCAGGAGCAAUCUUUAUUUACUGAGGUGAGAUCUUUUGAGAGCUCAAUACCGGAUGAUUGUAAAAGCAAGCUUCUAUAUCACAGGAUAUCCGAAUCAAACACUGGUUAUACAAAUGGAUUCUUGUUGCAAGGUCAAGAAGACCUCAAAAGAAUAGGAUUGGAUUCUUAAUGUGAGUUGACUUCCCUAAACAUAUUGGUGGAAUGAAACCCAUGCCUCCUCGGAAUAAGCAGAAAUGCAUAGUCUGCUCUGAUAUGUAUGGUUUAAAUGGUGGUUUUGGGUCGGAUUGAUUUUUUAAAGUCACAUAUCAGGACGGUAAGACUUGCCCGAUUAACUGAAUUGUCAGGUUCCGAUAAUAUGUCAUGUCUUCUAAGAUGUUUGA